AUGGCCAUCUUAAUUACAGGAGGGACCGGAAAGACCGGUUCUCGACUCGCCCGUCAGCUCCACGAACAUGGACUCACCGCCUACAUCACAUCCCGCUCCCCCGACACCGUUCCUGCGCCUCAUAAAGGAGUAAAGUUCGACUGGUCGGACACCUCUACCUUCGAGAAUCCAUUCAAAGCAGCUGCGGAUGCAAACGACCAUAUCGACGGUGUUUAUUUGGUGUCGCCGAAUUUCCCUGAUAUGGCAGCUGUCGCGGCCUCGUUCAUAGAUCUCGCUGUAAAGCACGGGGUCAAGCGGUUCGUGCUGUUGAGUGCAACACAGCUGAACAAAGGGGAUAUCAUGAUGGGAGCAAUCCACGAAUAUCUCGACAAGAAAGGACUCGAUUAUUGUGUUCUCCGGCCCUCUUGGUUCCAGGAGAAUUUCUUGAUGCCUGAGUAUCUGUCACUCAUUGUGAAAGAAAACAUCAUUGUCUCAGCCGCUGGGGAUGGUCGCGUGCCUUGGAUUUCGGCAGAUGACAUCGCAGCGGCAGCUGUCAAAGGUUUCACUGCCGAAACGAUAGAGCAACGAGACCUCUACGUGGUUGGCCCCGAAUUGCUCAGCUACGACGAUGUUGCAGCACUGUUCACCGACAUCCUAGGAAGGCGCAUCACUCAUAAACGAGUGUCGGAAGCAGAGCUGAAGGAGGAUUUUAUUGCGUUCGGGCUUGCGGAGCCUAUAGCCACCGCUUUGGCAUUCUUGAAUACUGUCAUCGCUAGCGGAGGGGAGGAGGCAGUUACCAAGGCGGAGAACAAGUAUGUAGGAAAGCAGAGGCUCCGUGAUCUCGUCGAGGCGAACAAGAGUUCUUGGAGCAAUUGA